AUGAAACAGUACAAUGGCUAUUUCGGAUGCACGUUUUGUGAACAAAGUGAUUAUUUGAAUGGAAUACGAUAUCCAAUAUCAACUACUGUGCCUGAAGAUCGUACAGAUAGAUCUAUCAAAAUUGCAAUGAAUGAAAUUAUAAGUAAUCCACAAGCACCAAGUGAAAUCAAAGGUGUUCUUGGUCCAUCCAUUUUGAUGAACUUGGAAUAUUUUGAUUUGGUCGACGGCAUGGUACCUGACUAUAUGCAUUCAAUAUUGCUUGGAGUUGUCAAACAGUAUACAGAAAUUAUAUUGACUACCGUUAAUGCAGAAUUUUAUGUUGGAUCUCCUACAAAUUUACUUAGAAUAAAUCAGAGAUUAUUAUCGAUCAAACACCCUUCAUGUAUUACACGAGCACCCAGAAGCUUGCAAGAAAGAAAUAUUUGGAAAGCAUCUGAAUGGCGUUCAUGGUUGAUAUUUUAUUCACUAAUUUGCUUAGAUGGAAUUUUACCUGCUCAAUACUUAAAACAUUUAGCAUUGCUUGUUUCAUCUGUAAAUAUAUUUUUAUCCAAAAGUAUAACAAAUGAGAUGAUCAUCACAGCGGAUGGCCAACUUAUUAGAUUUGUUACAUUAUUUCAAGAAUAUUUUGGAGAAAGAGCCAUGACUUAUAAUAUACAUUUACUUCUUCAUAUGCGCAUCAGUGUAUUCAAUUGGGGGCCAUUAUGGACUCAUAACGCCUUUUGCUUUGAGAAUGAAAAUCAUUUCAUUUUACAAUUGAGAAAAAGUCCUACUUAUGUAGCUUUACAAAUUGCAAGGAAAUAUUAUUUGUACAAAUCACUUCCAACAUUCGGAGAAAAAUUCAUCAAAGGUGAAAAUUUUAACAAGUUUUGUAGCAGCACGUUAAAUGGAAGAUUAAAAUAUAAUUUUAGAGAAGGAAAUUUUUGUAAUGAUAUUCGAUAUACUUCAGAAUGCUACCGUAGAUGUGAGAAAAAAAAUGACUCCAUAAUCCAAAUGAGAAAUGGAAAGUUAGGAAUUAUUUCAAAUAUAUGCUACUUUUUAGAAUCAAGAAAUAUCGUUAUAUAUUAUCGCGAAAUUUUAUUGAAUGAUGAUCCUUUCUUCAUGUCAACAGAAAAUGUAAAUAUUACUCACAUCAAAAAAUGUUCUGUAACAAACAUCAUUCAAACUUGUAAUCCGGAAUCCUUAGUUCAACCAGGUUUUUUAGUUGAAAUAAGAACGAAUAACCUACUUUUUAUCACCAUACCACAAGGAUGUUAUGGAGAUUGAAAUAAUUUUUAACAGAUUUCAAAAGUAACUAUGAUUUUACUUAUUACUAAUUUAAUAAUUACUAUUAAUUACUAGUACUUGAUACUUCAUUAAAAGUUCGACCUAAAGCACUGGCUUUAUCCUGCAUUCCAUCAAAUGUUCAACAAAUCUAU